CUGAGUCCCAUAACUUCCUACGCUGUCUCUACAAAUUCUCUUGAGUAAUUCCUUUGUUUAAACAUUUCACCAUUUUCCUUUCAAUUUCUGAUACUAUUUUCAUAUCCUCAUACAAAAAUGGAGGCAAUGAAGAUGAAGCUGUUCGUUGUUGCGGUCAUGAUGAUGAUUGUGACCAUCUCCGCCGUGAAGGGAGUCGCCGCCGCUGAUGCUCCGGCACCUGCUCCAGCUUCCGACGCAUCCAUUUUCGUCCCCACCUUCUUCGCUUCCUUAAUUGCCCUUGCAUUUGCUCUUCUCUUUUGAGCUAUUUGUUUGGAUUUUAUGAGCAUGUUUUGGUAAUUACUAUUUGUGAGUUUUGGGGGUUUUGUGGAUUUGGGGUUCUUGCUUUGUGACUUUUGACGAAUCUUCGUUAAUCUAUUUAUUUAUUUAUUUCUGAAUGUUAGUCAUAUGUAUUUCUGGGUAAUAUAAUGGGAAAUUAGGGAAUAACCCAUAAAUAUCUUGACUCUGGUCUUGAGUCUGGUGUUAACUUUUAUGUAAGCAUUUUCUAUUUUUAUAAUUCUAUAUUUUGGUUUGUGCAUUUAGUAUACUUGAUGUUUUUUA